AUUCAAGCCACCGCCUAAAAAAUAUAUCUAACCUAAACGACGUCUAAUCGGGAAACGGGAUCCUUAACUGACCGAUCCCCUUAACUCCGCAGCAAGGAUACGAAAGCUCUUGUCCUAGUCGGCCAGGCUUAGUACUGGCUGCCUGUCUGGACCCGAUAGACCUUUCGACGAGAACCAAUGAGAUUCAACCCGCAGAAACGCAAUACGUAAGGCGUCUUCCAGCCAGCAAUUAUGACGCCAACACAAGGAGAAAUCACCUUACGCCGCAAUACGAUGAUUGCGCAACCUCUGACGAGCGUCUUGAGGCGCCCUAGCUAAAAGCAGCCCUACCCCCAAUGGAGCAAGGUAAUUGGAUACAGUAGAUUCCGAACCUCCUAAUUGCCUCUCUAAGUAGAGCCAUUCGUCUCCCAAGAUGAGAUAUUCAACUGCUUUAUUGCCCCUCGUGGCUACGGCCGCCGCAUUCGUCAUCCCGGACGAAGCUGCUGCUCAGCAGCUCGUCCUCGACACUGAGCAGCAACAGCAGGCAGAGAAGCCCGUGUCGUCAGGGUGGGACCACGUCCACGGCCUUAAUGACUUCCUCUCGUCUGCGGAGAACACUUUCGAGACUGCGCUAGAUGUUCUAGAGGAGCAGGCUAGCAAGAUAAGCAGCUCGCUCCCCAAAGUGGGGUUUGAAGUUGGAUCCGAGAUUACCGACUUCCUCGCGCCGUCCGACUACUCCGUGUCUGGGCACGGACACGGCCACGGCCAUGGAGUUGCCACCAACCUAACAGUAUACCAGGCCAUUAAGACCUCGAACUACACCAAGAAGUUCGCAGCGCUGCUCGAUGACCACCCGGACUUAAUUGAGAAGCUUAACAGUACUUCGACCAACGUUACCGCCUUCGUCCCCUUAGAUCGCGCCUUCGAAAAGAUCCCCCACCAUGACAAGGACCACAAGCCGCCUAAGGAGUUUCUCGAGAAGCUGAUCAAGUACCACGUCGUGCCCGAUUUCUACCCCGCCGGCCGCGUGCUCGUCCACCAUACUAUCCCAACGGCUCUCGAGGAGGAGGCGUUGGGCGGACGACCUCAGCGGCUACGUGUUAGUGUCGGGCUCUUCGGCGUGAAGUUGAACUUCUACAGCAAGGUCGUCUACGCAAACCUACACACCACCAACGGCGUCAUCCACGGCGUCGACAGCAUCCUCGUGCCCCCACCGCCCGCCAAGGCCCUCAUCUCCCUCUUCCCGAGUAAAUUCUCGACCCUAGAACUCGCCGCCGAGAAGACGGGCCUUAAGCACCACGGUGACGACCACGAUCACGACGGCGAGGAGCACACGCUCACGGGCCUGACCGUCUUCGCCCCCACCAACACCGCCUUCCGCCGCCUCGGCCCCGCCGCCAACGCCUUCCUGUUCAACACCGACAAGGGCCUGCGCUACCUGCGCGCGCUGCUCGCGUACCACGUCGUGGCCAACGAGACCCUGUACUCGGACGCGUACUACGGGCCCGGCACAGCGGCUGCCGCCGCGUUCGCCGAGGCCGGUUUUGAAGGCAAGGAUGCGGGAGAUAGUAGUAGCGAGGAGGAGGAGGAGGAGGUAGGGACCAAGGGCGCCAGGCACUACCACCUGGACCUGCCGAGCCUGCUGGGCGACGCGCACCUCGCGGUGGACAUCACGCGGUGGUUCGGGUUCAUAACGAUCAAGGUGAACGGGCGGGUGGUGGUGUCGAUCCAGGACGCGCUGGCGCGGAACGGCGUGCUGCAGGUCGUGGACCACGUCCUGAUCCCGCCGCACAAUCGCCGCCACCACGGGGGUGCGUGGGAAGAGGGGGAAGGGGAGAUUAGCGUGGAGGAGCUGGUAGAGAGGUUGGAGCCGUUUGUUAAGAAGGGUGAUGAUGAAGGGAAGGGUGGAGAUGUUGCGGAUGAGGGGGUUGGUGAGUUGUAAAGUGGGAUGGGAUGAGAUGAGAUGAGAGGAAGGUGAAAGAUUGAGAUGAACCCGGGCCUUGGAAGGGAAAAUCCAGGUAGCAUUAUUCUCUCUGAUGAGUAUACGAAUGGGAAAGGGGGAAAGCAUGAUGGCUUGGUAGAAACACCACUCAGAAAAGUGUAUUAGAAUAGGACUGGCAGGCAAGCGUGUAUGAGGUAUGCAGCAUUACGCAAAACGAAAGCGACGUUCGUUAGAUCUAGGAUUCGCAUGAAUACAACGUAAAAUAAGCUUA